AUGGGGGGGCGGUUCCAUUACCGUCCUACAUGCUCUUGCGCUGCAUACUCCCCCUCCUCGAUUUCCCAUUGCUGCACGUCGAGGCUUGUCCGCCGGCGUGCAGGGCUCAUUUGCCGCCGCCCGCCGCUGGCAAGGAAGAAGAAAGGACGAGCCUGUCUCGCGGCGAUCCACCGGUUGGGCCUGGGCUUUGAAACUGACACCCUGGUCCCAUGCUUCUAGUGUCGCUGACUCAGCACGGCCCACUCAUUGGGCCCACACGCCAGAGAGACGAGCUCUGAGCACACGGCGGCCUGUAGAGGUGCGCCGGCCGCGGCCCAUCCAGUUCCUAGCCCCUGCCCUUAAUUCCCUCCCGACGAAUCGAAGUUGUGGAAAUGCCGGCGCCGGUGAAGUCGGUGCUUCCCGUUGUGCUCCUCGGCUGCGGCGGCGUAGGCCGCUACCUCCUCCGCCACAUCGUGUCCUGCCGUCCCCUCCACGCCAACCAGGGCGUGGCCGUCCGUGUGGUGGGCGUCGCUGAUAGCUCCUCCCUGCUCGUCGCCGACGAUGUCCACUCCAGCGGCCUCGAUGAUGCGCUCCUCACCCAGCUCUGCGCCGCCAAGGCCGCCGGCUCUCCCCUGUCUGCCCUGCUCGGCCAAGGGCACUGUCAGCUGUUCCAGAACCCUGAGGCUAGGAGCAAAGUCAUUGACGCCGCUACCACGCUUGGAAGAACAACUGGCCUGGUACUAGUUGACUGUUCUGCAACCUAUGACACUGUUAGUCUGCUGAAGGAUGCCGUGGACCAUGGAUGCUGCAUUGUAUUGGCAAACAAGAAACCUCUUACCGGUGCUUAUGAGGAUUUUCAAAAGUUGGUCUCCAACUUCCGUCGGAUAAGAUUUGAAUCUACUGUUGGAGCAGGUUUGCCAGUGAUAGCUUCUGUAACCCGUGUUAUUGCAUCUGGAGAUCCAAUUUCUCAUAUAGUUGGCAGUCUAAGCGGUACACUUGGGUAUGUGAUGAGUGAGCUGGAGGAUGGAAAGAAAUUUAGUGAAGUUGUAAAAAAUGCCAAGUCUCUUGGCUAUACAGAACCAGAUCUGCGUGAUGAUCUUGGUGGAAUGGAUGUGGCUAGAAAGGCGUUGAUCCUGGCUAGGCUUCUGGGGCAACAAAUCAGCAUGGACUAUAUCAAUGUUGAGAGUUUAUAUCCUAGCGAAUUAGGACCUGAUGCAGUAUCCACAGAGGACUUCCUUGAAAGUGGUUUAGUACAACUUGACAGGAGCGUGGAAGAAAGAGUGAAAGCAGCAUCUUCAAGGGGAAAUGUUCUUCGCUAUGUCUGCGAGAUUGGAAGCACAGGGUGCCAGGUAGGCCUUAAAGAGCUCCCAAAAGAUUCAGCGCUCGGUAGAUUGAGGGGAAGUGACAAUGUGGUGGAGAUAUACAGCCGAUGCUACGAGAGCUCCCCUCUGGUGAUCCAAGGGGCGGGGGCUGGCAACGACACCACAGCUGCAGGCGUUCUUGCUGAUAUAAUCGACCUCCAAGACCUGUUCAGGAAGACGGCAUGAUUAGUGUCCACCCCCAUCUUGUUAGUACCAGAGCGUUUGAUAGCUGUACGUAAUAGCAUCCUUGAGCGGUGGUGUCCUCUGUGGGAUGAGAGGGUUGGUCGAGGAGUUGAGGUCGUAUGGACACUUUUGUUCAUUCAGCUGCUGUAUACUGUUGCGAGCAAAUUGGCAAACUGCGACAUGCGUUGCCGAGUUUUUUCCAACGACGACAACAACAAAGCGUUUCAGAGUAGUGUAGAGUUGAAACCUAACAAGAACCAAGAGCCAUAAAUCAGAGUUCGGGUUUUCAAGCACUUCUAUCCAGAGCUAAAUCUUUGGGCAUAUUCCA